CUUGCGCAAAAAUAGUGAAACGCAAUACAUAAUUCGGAGCACUUGGAGCUUUCAUGAAGAUGCGCCGCUUGGUCACUUGUUUUAUUAUGCCACCGUGAGCCAGCUAAGCGUGAUUGAAUGGAGGCGGGAGGAGCUUUCUGUCUUCAGGUGUAUUUGUUUAGUUAGCGAGCUUUACUGAAAGUUUGCAGCCCUACAUUAAUUCUUGGUAGGUCGCGGGGGAAAAUCGCAGUAUUAAAAGAAAGGACACUGACAAUCAUCUGACUGUCGCUGACUCUGCAAUGGGAUUUUACACAGUGCUAGCGUUGACUCUGUAUGUCUUGUUUGAUGUUAAUUAUUUCGUUCAGUACAUUGUCAUUAUGGUACGUGGCUUUCUGCGAUGGAGGCACAUGAAGAAGCCUCUCUUGGAGCCGGACGUCACGACUGGCAGAUGCUCACUAAGUGACCUUGAUCACAUGAUGCACAUGAACAACGUAAAGUACCUCCGUGCCUUUGAGUUUGGCCGAGCUGCAUUUGGUUUGAAGAAUGGACUGUGGCAUAAUGCAAAAAAAUUGAAAGCUCACCUGCUCAUCAGUGCUCAAGUGGUGCGCUACCGAAGGCCAGUCACGCUUUUCCAGGCUUUUGAAAUUAAUUCCAAGAUUGUGUACUGGGAAGACAGAGAUGUCUACAUUGAACAGCAGUUGAUUACAGUCGGUGACAAUUUCAUUCGAGCAGUUUGCAUGGUAAAAAUGACACUUGUGGAUGGAUCGUUGAAUGACCUGCUGACAUCUCUGGAUGUUGAUCCAAACUCCAAGCCCACACCAGUCCCUCGGGAUAUUCAGCUCUUCAUGGACUAUAAUUUUGCUAGCAGUGCAAAGCUAAAUGCAGAAAAAGAUAGGCUUCUGAACCUUAAGCGUUCGGAGUAAAUUUUUCACAAAACAUG